UACAGAUACUGGAUUCAGAAGUCUAGAAAGAAUGAUGAAAGUUUGCGUGUAUCUACUUAGAAAGUUUUUAUUUCUUGAAUAAGUACCAUUCCUAAUACAAGAAAAUGAAUAAUCUUUCUGGACAAUUCCGUAAGACAACAUGGGAUCCCAUUCUCAUAAUUUCCCAGAUAAUUGCUGUGCAGACUAUUAUGUAUCUUUGCCUCGGAUUCUGGAUUUGGAUUGUUGCAUCAAUGUUGGGCUGGACAAAAUCAUUAGAUUAUGUGUUUCAAUAUAAGGAAAUACACGUUCGUGACUUUGGAGGACAAUUAGCUAUUAUUAUGUUUGUUCUGAACGCUUUUGUAGGCGCAUUUGCAUUAUGGUGGUUAGUGCAAAGAACAAAAUUAUGCAUGGAUUUUGCAUGUACUGCCCAUUGGAUUCAUUUAAUUUGUUGUUGGGCGUACAAUGGAACUUAUCCAACAUCGUUCAGUUGGUGGUGUUUGAAUCUUGUAUCGUUAAGUAUAAUGUGUGUCUGCGGAGAAUUUCUCUGUAUGAGAACAGAACUGCAAGCUAUACCUUUAAGUAUGAACAGUCAAAAGACAGCUUUAUGAGAAAAUUUGUGAGUCGAAAGAUGAUACUUCAAAAAAGUCUUUUCAAUAAUCUUAUCGUCAGUAUUAAAAUUUUUGUUAAUGAUAAAAAUAAAAUUUGUUGAAACUAUUAUUUAAAUUUUUAAUGUGUUUAAAAGACAUCUCUCAUAGAUAAGUGCAAUCUUGUAAAAAGUAUAAUAGUACAGAUUUAAAGCCUAUUAUUAGUAUUUGUAAAAAAAGGUCCAUUUAUUGGUUUUAAUGGGCUUCCACGUAAUAAAUUUAUGUAUAAAUUGAUA